GUGAUCCACAAAUCAAAGCCUCCCCCCCAAAAAAAAAUCACCCAAAUGAGUUCCUACUUUGUGAACUCGUUCUCAGGGCGCUAUCCUAAUGGCCCCGACUACCAUGUGUUAAAUUAUGGGACUGGCAGCAGCAGCAAUCUGAGCGGAUCAUACAGGGAGGCAGCAGGCAGCAUGCAGCCCUCGGCUUAUGGAUAUAACUACAAUGGGAUGGACCUGAGUGUGAGCCGGGCAGCAGCUUCCAGCAGCCACUAUGGGGACAGCGCCUUCCCCGGGCAGGAGAGCAGGUUCAGGGCAAAUCAGAGCUGCCCCCUGGCGACCCCCGACCCCCUGCCCUGUGCCAAAAGCCACAAAGACGAACUCUCCCCCACGGAUCCUGCCACCUCCGCCGGCUCCAGCGCCCAAUUCACAGAGGUAGAAGAAACCAGCGCCUCCUCGGAGACUGAGGAAUCCAGCACCCCCCGGAGCAGCGCUCCCCCCCGGGCACUACAGGAGAACAGCUCCCCCGGAGCGGCCGGGACAGACGGACAGAACCCGCAGAUCUUUCCCUGGAUGAGAAAACUGCACAUCAACCACGACAUGACAGGUCCGGAUGGGAAGCGGGCCAGGACUGCCUACACCCGGUACCAGACGCUGGAGCUGGAGAAAGAGUUCCAUUUCAAUCGGUACCUGACCCGGAGGAGGAGGAUCGAGAUCGCCCAUGCCUUGUGCCUGUCCGAGCGGCAGAUUAAAAUCUGGUUCCAGAACAGGAGGAUGAAAUGGAAAAAGGACAACAAGCUAAAAAGCAUGAGCCUUGCGACAGGCAGCAGCGCUUUCCAGCCCUGAGGGCACCGUUGGCCGGGACUCUCUGCCUUGGGCACCUACAGGGCACUUGUCGGCAUGUAAAGGGCACAGGACUGCACCCAGUCUCCCAUUUCUAGUCGUCUCCCAAUGCUCCCAGUAACGUCCUGAUUGUUUUGUGACUGUGACACGAUGCUGCUUCCGGAGGGAGAUCGCAUGUUUUCAGAGCUCUUAAAUGUUAUUAUAACUUAUUUAUAAUAAAAAAUAAAAGAAUUUCAGUUUUUUUUUUAUGUUUACUGUUUUUACAAUUUUUCGUUGUUGUUGUUUUGCUGUUUCAGGCCAGUUAGGCGGAUCGAUGCACUAAAAGGCUCGUCUUUUCUAUUGUAAAGUCUGUGGUAUUGGUCAUCAUUAGCCCCCCCAGUUUAAUAGUAGCCCCCCUGCAAGGUGGCUGAUGUCCCCACUAGACUGUAACUCGGUGUUUUGCUUUUUUUAUUUUAUUUUAUUUUUUUCAAGUGACCAAUCUAAAGGAGUGAGUGACUUUGUAAUGUGUUUAAAGGUACCUGUCCUGUCUGGCUGCCUGAAGAUUCCAUUCUCCAUUUUUGUAUGAGUAGUAAUAAUAAAAUAUUAAGCUAUAAAA